UCUCGCUACAACUAUAAAACGCCCAACCCUUAAUUAAGAUCCAAAUAGCCCAACAUUUUCACAAUUCUCGCAAUAUGAGGAGACCGAAAACAGGCUCUCUUCUCCUCGGCAGCUCCACACUACUCGCCGUCAUCCCAACCCCGCCCGACCACUCCUCCGCCGCAGUCAUCGAAGAGAUCCCCGGACUCAUCAAACUCCACAGAAACGGCCACGUGGUGCGCCUCCCCGCUAUGCCGGAAGUCCCAUCUACUUACUCUCCGGAGCCCGGUGUGGUCUCUGGCGAUGUGACCAUUAAUCCCUCCGCCGGGCUAUGGGCGAGGAUCUACGUGCCUCGAUACCCGGGUCGGCAUCCGCUCCCCGUGCUCCUUUAUUUCCACGGCGGCGGUUUCUGCGUCGGCUCCCCGGCCUGGCGAUGCUACCACAACUUCCUCUCCCGGCUUGCCGGCACUGCCGCUUGCGUCGUUGUGUCCGCUAGCUACCGCCUUGCCCCUGAGCACCGCCUCCCCGCUGCAUAUGAGGAUGGUGUCGCUGCGCUUGCUUGGCUCCGGCAGCAGGCGGGCCGGGCCGGGGCGGAUCCGGGCGGGUGGGGAUGGCGGGCUAGAUGCGAUUUUGGGAGGGUGUUUGUGGCAGGGGAUAGCGCGGGGGCCGCCAUAGCCUACAGCGCCACCGCACCCAACAUAAAUCCACCAGCGCGCGUGCGCGGGCUGAUUCUGAUUCAGCCAUUCUUCAGCGGAGAGGCGCGAACUUCCUCGGAGCGGAAUUUGGCGCAGUCGGCGAAGUCUGCGCUGACCCUUGCGGCGGCUGAUUGCUACUGGAGGCUUUCCCUGCCGGCCGGAACCAACCGCGAUAGCAUAUGGUGUAAUCCGAUCUGUGAUGAGGGGUUGAAGAAGAUGGAGAAUCGGAAGAUGCCACCAGUGCUCCUCUGCGUGGCGGAGAUGGAUAUACUCAGGGACCGGAACUUGGAGUUUUGCAGGGCUUUGAGCAGGGCCGGGAAGAGAGUGGAGCUUCAGAUGUAUGGAGGUGUUGGCCAUGCUUUUCAGGUUCUGCAAAAUUAUAGCUUGUCUGAGGUCAGGACUACUGAGCUAAUUUCAGAUGUCAAAGACUUUAUGAGUAGUAACAGAUGAAGUUAAUGUACUGGUUUGGAGCUAGCAUUGUUUUUGUUUAUUUUGAUUUGGGGAUUCUGUCGAAACUUUUAUAUGAAGUGUUCAGUAUAUGUAGCAAGGAUUGUAAUAGGCAGCUCCUUUUGAUAUGUUGGUUGAAAAAUUUUCUUAUUAAUUAAGAGGUUUUGGAUUUAAA